AUGGUGAAGAGGAAAAGUCAAUCAAUUAUGAGCUCAGAGAGCAGCAGCGAUUCCGAAUUCGGUUCGGAUCUUGACAUGGAGCUGAUGUCGCUGGCCAAGAAAAAGAAGACCAGCAGGCUGGCUUCGAACUCUCCCCGAGUGGAGGAAUCUUCCGAUUCCGACUCCUCGGAUGAUGAGUCGGAACCAGAGGCAUCCAUGCAGUGCAUGAAGCGAGAGACGAAGCAUAGCAGCAGCAGUGAUUCUGAAUCUAGUGAAGAGUCUGAUGACGAGAAGAUGGAAGAAGUGGAAGAACCGGAAGCUUUAGAAAAUAUCGUACAACACGUGGUUGAACCAGCCGUCAACAAUGAAGUGAAUCCUAAACAACCAGAUGAGCAGGCAGUUAACAAUGACUCGGAGCCGGAGGAAGGCGAAGUAUUGUCGGAAGACGAAUCAAGUUCCAGUUCCAGUGAUGACAGUGAUAGUGACGAUUCAAGUGGAAGCAGCAGUAGCAGUAGUGAUUCUGAGUUCAGUGAUGGAUAUGACGACAACAUGAUGGGAGACGAACAAGAUCGGGCCAGAUUGAAUGCCAUGUCGGAGAAAGAUCGAGAAAUGGAGAUUUUCGAGCGUUUCGAGCGGCACGAAGCCAUGAAGGCUCGCUGGGAGCUAGAACGUAAAUUGAAAGUGUCCAAGAAGCCGGAAUCCACCAAAGACGAGGAAUCACAGCCACCGCAGAAGAAAAUGAAGAUGGACGAAGUGAAGGAACUCGACCAAAAGACCCAACAGAAAGAGCCUCCCAAGAUAGAGACCAGCCGCAGCUCCCAGUCUUCACCGGAGUCCUCCUUCGAUCUGAAGGAACGUUCCAAAGAGCGAAAGAAGAACAUCGCAGCCAAUCGAACCGACGACAAACGAAGCAAUGCCAUGGCGAUGUUGAAAGCACAACGAGAAGGCAAAGCCAAGCGUGACGAUGAAGAAGCUAACGAGAUGGCCCAACGGAAGCCAGAAAUCAAGAACGGUUUGGAAAAUAUCGCUGCUGGCAAAUCUUCUCAGAAACUCAAGUCGUCGGACAUCUACAUAGAUGAAUGGGUAAGCGAUAGCGAAGACGAUAAAAAGUUCGAAAAUUACUCGCGGUCGGGAUCCAGCAGCGGAUGCGGAAGUGAUAGACAGUCUUCUAUCGAUGAAGAAAUGUGGGACUUCAAGGAGAGGAAACCAGCCACCAUCAGCAAUAAGGAGGAACUCGAGAAACUACGAAUCUCGCGGCACAAGAUUGAACGCUUUAUUUCACUUCCGAUGUUCAAUAAAGUUGUGCAGAACUGCUUCGUUAGGAUCAACAUCGGAAACAACAAUGGAAAACCCGUCUACAGAGUGGCGGAGAUCGUGGGUGUUGUAGAGACGGGCAAAGUUUACCAAUUCGGAAAUUGUCGCACCAACAAAGGGUUCCAGCUGAAACAUGGAAAUCAGGAGCGGGUGUUCCGGAUGGAGUUCAUCUCGAAUCAGGACUUUACCGACAGCGAGUACCAGAAGUGGCUGAGUGCCUGCGAGGCCUCCGGAACAACACUGCCUCGUGUCGACACCGUCGAAAAGAAGCAGCGGGCGAUCAAUGAAGCGAUGCAGUACGAGUUCAACGAUGCCGACAUCGACAAGAUCAUUAAGGAGAAGAAUAAAUUCCGGGCGAAUCCAACCAACUACGCCAUGAAGAAGAUGCAGCUUAUGAUGGAACGUGACGCAGCCCAACUGAGUGGAGAGAAUAACCUGGCACGUGAACUGAACACGCAGAUUAGGGAGCUCGAAGAACGCGCCAACAAUCUAGACAGGAAGCGCAGCAGCGUGAUUUCCUACAUCAACAAUCGCCAGCGAAAAUGUAACGUGAAGGACACCGAGAAGGCCAACAAGGAGAAAAUUUGGGCCACCCAAGGUAUGCACAUCGAAGAUCCGUUCACGCGGCGUCCAACGCGGCCGCGGAUGUUGUUCAAGCCAUCACACAAGGAAAAUGAAGUCCCAACAGUUUACACGCAGGCACCUCCACCACCUCCACCGCCGAGGCGGAUGAAGAGACCGGACGAGAAAAAGCCGGCCUCCAAUGUUAACGACAGCCUAUACUUUUUGCACGACUUCGACAUCAAUCUGGACGUACCUUUGCCAGUCGGUGCCAUCGAUAUACUUCCGAAUCCGGUGGAAAGACCGGUCAAGACAUCCGGUCCCAAGCGGUCGCUCAACCUGGAAGACUUCAAGAAGAGCCGAGAUAUCAUCUAGAGAGCAACAACGACGAAACAGGACAGCUAGCGGUAUUCACGAGGUAACACAAUGAAAAAUGUCGCUUCUGUAAAUUAAUAAAACGCAUGUAAUAAAUUCACUUUAUACCUAGAUUUUUUAUUCUGUACUAUGUUAUUGCCACCAUUCCAUUUCUAGAAAGCACAUCAUCUUUCAAACUAAUGUGUGCAUUAUUAUAAUUCAACUAAACGCUCGGGUAUCCCUAUCCCUUCUGAAAUUUCUUUAGUGAUUACUUCAC